AUGAGUCGCUAUCAAUCACGCUACUUGACUGGAAUUGAUGGCAACGAGGGACGGUCAAACGAACGAUACGUUGAACAGCAGAGACUAGAGAUACCUGAUUACCAAGAGCGGGAGGAUGAGUUGCAGAGUCAGUUAGUCAAUGCGAGACAGGAGUCUAAGCAACUUUACUCGCAGAUUAAUAAAGUAAAAGGUAAGAUACAGGAUGCGGGGCUCGUGGAGAUGAGCAAGAACAUCCCGUCGUUGAAGAGGAAUAGCAUUAAUCUGAAGCCCGUGCUGGCGCUCCGGGGACAUAAUAACAAGAUCUCAGAUGUGAGGUGGAGCCGGGACUCGAGAAGGAUCCUGAGCGCGAGUCAGGACGGGUUUAUGUUGAUUUGGGACAGUUGGUCGGGGUUAAAGCUCAAUGCUAUCCCGUUGGACUCGCAAUGGGUGCUCUCUUGUGACAUUUCGCCAUCGGGGAGCCUGGUGGCGAGUGCGGGACUGAACAAUAGUUGUACGAUUUAUCGAGUGUCGAAGGAGAACCGAGUUCAGCAGAACGUUGUGUCUAUUUUCAAAGGCCAUACGGGCUACGUAUCAGAUCUGGGGUUUACGGACAACUCUCACGUUGUGACAGCUAGUGGCGAUAUGACGUGCGCAUAUUGGGAUAUUCCCAGGGCGAAGCGAAUUCGAGAGUAUGCUGAACAUCUGGGCGAUGUUCUAGCUCUGUCCUUAUCGCCGCCUGGUUCCCAAAAUGGCAUGAACGUAUUCGCCAGUUGCGGUUCUGAUGGGUACAUCUACCUAUGGGACGUCAGAAGUGGUGGCGUGGCUCAGACGUUCUUCGUCAGUGACAGCGAUAUAAACACACUGCAGUUCUGUCGAUAUGGGAAUGCGUUGGCCUCCGGGAGUGAUGACGGUGUUAUACGGCUAUUUGACCUCCGGUGUGAUUGUAAAAUUGCCAGUUAUUCUUUAGCAGAUACUGUCCAUCGGACACAAUCCGAACAAGGCAGCCCUGGUACUGACGAGAAAGGUAACCGGACUCACUCUCGUGCUAAUAGUCUCCUGAGCGCAAGCUAUCUGGAUAAUCAGGGCGUUGUAUCUCUGGACUUCAGCGGUUCGGGCAGGCUUCUGUACUCUUGCUACACGGAUUUUGGCUGCGUGGUUUGGGAUGUCCUGAAAUCAGAAAUAGUUGGAAAACUGGAAGGCCACACUAGUCGUGUUUCUAGGGUAAGGGCAAGCCCUGAUGGGCUAGCUGUCUGCACUGGGUCAUGGGACUCCACCAUGAAGGUAUGGACUUCAACGUACUUGUGA